AUGCAUCAGGAAAACCAUACCAGAAUUUCAGAAUUUUUUCUCCUGGGAUUCCAGAGUCUUUCCUUAUUUAGAAUUCCAUUCUUCAUUCUUGUUUUUUCAUUAUAUGUUAUAACUACAACCGGUAAUUUAUUCAUUGUUGUAUUAGUGUCACUCAGCCACACCUUCCACACUCCCAUGUAUUUCUUCCUUGGACAUUUGUCAUUAUGUGAUACUCUGUUAUCUACAAAUGUAAUACCCAACAUGUUAGAUGUUAUAUUGAAAGAAGGUAAAACAAUAUCUCUGCUUAACUGCCUUACCCAGUUGCAAAUGUUUGGCUGGUGUUGUAUUGCUGAAUGUUAUAUACUCAGUGUGAUGUCCUGUGACCGAUACUUGGCCAUCUGUAACCCCCUUCGUUACUCUUCCAUAAUGGACUUUAAGAUGUGUCUUUGUCUCGCUAUGUUGUCUUGGUCACUUGGCUUUUUUUUUGCCUUUAUUAAUCGUGUUUUGAUUUAUGAAUUGGAAUUCUGUAAUCAUAAUAUAAUUGAUAAUUUCUUCUGUGAAUUUCUUCCAAUUGUCGAUCUUUCAUGCUCAGACACUUCUGUAGUUGAAUUGGAGGUAUCUUUGAUCACUCCAUUUGUACUACUAUUUCCAUUUGUAUUUGUCAUUGUCACAUAUGUCUACAUAUUCUUCACUAUCCUUGGAAUAUCCUCCUCUACGGGGAGACAGAAAGCCUUCUCCACCUGCAGUUCUCAUUUGAGUGUUGUGUUUUUAUUUUAUGGAACACUAAUUAGUAUUUACUUGAGCCCGUCCAAAGGAUACUCACUAAAUAUCAAUAAGGUGACAUCUCUGUUUUACACCAUGGUUACCCCUUUGUUUAACCCUAUUAUUUACAGUUUGAGAAAUCAGGAAAUAAGAAAAGCAUUUAAAGCAUUUAUUAAA